GGGCUGCACUACACACGGAGACGUGAUUGUAUCGGGCUUGUGGUCCGUGCUUGCUCGCAAGGUUUUUCGGUGGCGAUAAUCUAAGAACACAUUUCACUCAACCUGCACACCAGUGUUUGAUUCAAUUUCACGCUUGAAGCGUCACUAAGCCUGCAACAUCCACCACCAGACCCAGGGGGUUGAGCGUUUAUCUUUCCAGAAUGAAUAACGAAGAGUUGGUGCUCAGCAAUGAGUCCGGAUUUCAAGGAGAUUGGAAAACCAUCUACCACCGGGACGCGCUGCUCUGGGCAUCGCACGAAUACGACACCGACUCCAUCAUGAAGCCGCUGGCGCAGAUGGUCAUUGGUCUCGCAAACCAAUUCCAUCUCUCACCAACGAUAGAGUUCACCACGAUCGAUACGUUGGAGCUGCUGCUGGUACGCGCCUUCCAGAGCUGGAUGCAAUCGCCCGUCACUUUCCCGGACACGGUCGAGCAGCAGAAAGACGCCUUUCUGCGGCAACUUCCGAUGUACGUGGUGGCAGUGUUUGACAUCGUCGCCAAGUACAGCAACCUCGGAUCAAAGCUGGACCUGGCGGCUAUGAAGCGAGCAGCCAAGGUGAGCGUUGCCAUCGAUACGAACAUGCUUACGGUGGAGUUCGAAGUUAUAAAGAUUUUGGACAGCGAGCUACGAUCGUCACUGUUGCUGGGUGCAUUCGAACGGUUCUCCAAGCAGUACCUGCUGCCGCUAAACAUUGAAAGCAAGGAAACGAUUGCGAGUAUUGGAGUUAGGCUGCUCCGGGUGGCCGUCGCUGAAAGAGCGCUCAUCUAUGACAGCCUGAAGACAUCCAUGAAGGAUAUGGAGUGCUUUCGCCGCUUCAAGUCCAACAAACUGAUACUGGCGGGCGCUAUCAUCCUCACCGUGCUGUACCUAAUACCAGCGGCGCGGCACAGCAGCGUGCUGCUCAACCAAGUCGCCGUACCGCUCGCUGACGACUGCUGCGUACAGUCCACGAAUCUGAUCUACCUCCGCGAUGCAAUAUUGCGUGUCAUUGGUGGCCACUGAGCAAAACCAUCGAGCAGCAAAGAGCCAUUCGCCCGGGAAGCCUUUUUCUCCGGAGUCGUUGGCCGCCGUACCGAUCGUGCCGCCGGCGCAGUUGGCUCGCAUUCGAUGUAAAUUAAAUCAGAUCAGACGAUGUAAAUAUUCAUAACAUA